UUUCCUCUCAAGCUCGGGUCACCCCAAAACACAACGAUGUGCUCCCGUCAGGACAAGGACCAGUGCCACAAGCAGGAGCGCUACACCCGCCAGAGCAGCGGCGGCUGCCAUGGGAGUGGCGGCGGCUGUCACAGCAGCAGUGGCGGCGGCUGUCACAGCUCCGGCGGUGGCGGCGGCUGUCACAGCAGCGGUGGUGGCGGUGGUUGUCACAGCUCCGGUGGCGGUGGUGGCUGUCACAGCUCCGGCGGUGGUGGCUGCCACAGCAGCGGUGGCUCCGGCUGCCAUGGGAAGCCACAGGUCCAGUGCCAGCAGCAGCAGCAGCAGCAGCAGCAGGUCCACCAGCUGCCCUCACAGAAGCUGAAGUGAUGCGGUGUCCCACAUGCCUCAGCUCCAGCAGCAAAGGCCACGCAUGGACCAGCUCCCUCCGGCCUCCCCAAAGCUUUGCAAGCUCCGGGGCUGCCCGGCUACAAACCCUCUGCUCUGCCCUCCAGGACCAUCGUUCCCUGGGGAAGGGCCAUCACUUGUGGCUCCCUGCUGCCUCCGCCUGAUGCGCCAGGCUGUGCUUUGGCCCCAUGAGGUACCCAUGAGACAAUAAAGCAUUAAGUU